GGCGCUGGCCACCACGGCGGCAGUGGCAGCUGCGCGGCGGCGAAUGGAACGCGGAGACAGCGACGGAAUGUUCGCCGCCGCCACAUAAUCCCGCGCCCCUCCCCCCUCGGAACGCGGCGCGCCUGAACGUUCGACGAUGGAAGCUGCGCAGGCAGCCCAGCAGGGGAGCCGACAGGCGGCCCGGCUCGCCAAGGGGGAGCGGCCGGGCGGCGAAGGCGCGAGCGCGGCGGGCGGAGCCGGCGUCCAGCAGCACCAGCAGCAGCGGCGGCGGAAGCGCGGCUCUCCUCUGGGGCUGGCGUCCAACGGGGCUCAGGCGGCGGCUCCCGGCGGCGGCGCCAAUUCCCUCCUGUUGCGGCGGGGGAGGCUGAAGAGGAACCUCUCGGCUGCCGCCUCUUCCUCCGGCCCCCCGGCCGGCACCCGCAGCCUGGAUCGCAAGGCGCUGCUCCUGCUGCCCAAGCCGCCCCGCCAGCUCCAGCCUUUGCAGCCGCCGGAGCGGGACUGGGUGCGGCGGGACCUCCAGCGGGGCUGCCUCCAUGUCUAUUCCUACCACCACCAUCACCACCACCAGCAGCGGGGCGGCGGCUGCUCUCUGCGCCCGGUGCUCUGCACCCUGGAGACCACCGCGGCCGAGGUGGCGGCCCGGCUUGUGCAGCUCGGCCACCGCGGGGGAGGCGGCAGCAGCGCCGUCCGAGUGCUGGGCAAGGCGGCGGCGGCGGCAGCAGCGGCGGAGACUCGGCUCCUUCCCCCGGAGGAGGCGGCCGGAGCCCCGGCCGAAGAACCCCCGCGGCCCGCUGCCUCGCUGGAAGCGUCGGUCUCCCCUGCCGGCAGUCUGACCCCCGUCCCGGCGGGGCGAAGGCCGCGGAACCGGCGGGGCCCCCAUGCCCGUCCGCACGGGCUGGGCGGCGGGGAAGCGGCGCGCUCGCCGGCCGAGGGCAGCCCCGGGCGGGCCCUGUCGCCGCCGCCCCCCGAGCUCUACCUGGCGGGGCCGCCGCUCUCCUGCCCGUCUCUCCUGGGCGGCUCCGACACGGAGAGCUUCAGCCCCAGCGCCGAGAGCGCCUCCGACCGGCUGGAGCCCUACAGCGGCGGCGGCGGGUCUUCGUCGUCCUCGGAGGAACUGGAGGCGGACCCGGAGGAAGGCGACGGCGACGGGAGCCGGCCUGCGGAGCCCCCGCUGGGGCGAGCGGCGGGAGAGCCCCCCGGCAAGAGCACGGCGGCGCCGCGGGGAGAGCUGCUUCCCGCCGGGGAAGCCGCCGCCUCGCCGCUGCCGCCGGCCCUCUACGUCCAGCUGCACGGCGAGACGGCCCGCCGGCUGGAGCCCCACGAGAAGCCCCUGCAGGUCCAGAACGACUACCUCUCGCAGCUGGGCUUCCGGGACCCGUGGCGGGUGCAGGAGGAGGGCAUGGACGCCGAGACCGGCUGCCUCAUCCGCUUCUAUGCAGGAAAGCCCCACAGCAUUGGCAACUCCGAACGAAUUCAGCUCUCAGGAAUGUACAAUGUUCGAAAAGGGAAAAUGCAUUUGCCAGUCAACAGAUGGACAAGACGCCAAGUUAUCCUUUGUGGGACGUGCCUAAUCGUAUCCUCGGUGAAAGAGAGCCAGACUGGGAAGAUGCAUGUGCUCCCCUUAAUUGGUGGAAAGGUUGAAGAAGUUAAAAAGCACCAGCACUGUUUAGCAUUUAGCUCCUCUGGACCUCAGAGCCAGAGUUAUUACAUCUGUUUUGACACCUUCACUGAGUAUCUACGGUGGCUCCGGCAGGCUUCAAAGAUUGCAUCACAGCGGAUAAGUUCAGUAGAUCUCUCAUGUUGCAGCCUGGAGGAUCUGCCUGCCAACUUGUUCUAUAGCCAGGACCUCACUCAUCUCAAUUUGAAGCAAAACUUCUUGAGGUUGAACCCUAGUUCAUCAAAAAUCAGAGGACUUAAUGAUCUACAAAGGUUCAGCAAACUGAGGAGCCUUAACCUUUCUAACAAUCACUUAGGAGACUUUCCUUUGGCGGUGUGCAGUAUUCCAACCCUGUCUGAGCUGAAUGUCUCUUGCAAUGCACUCCGAAGUAUUCCGGCAGCCGUUGGUGAUAUGAACAAUUUACAGACCUUCUUGCUGGAUGGGAACUUCCUCCAGAGCCUUCCUGCUGAGUUGGAAAGGAUGCAUCAGCUAAGCUAUCUGGGUCUUUCUUUCAAUGAAUUCUGUGACAUUCCAGAGGUAGUGGAGAAGCUCUCUGCCAUGGAGAAGCUAUGUAUGUCUGGAAAUUGCAUAGAGGCACUCAGUUUGCAGGCACUAAGGAGAAUGCCGCACAUUAAACAUAUAGAUUUAAGGCUAAAUGUAAUCCGAAGGUUGGUGGCAGAUGAUGUUGACUUCCUGCAUCACGUGACCCAGCUUGACCUUCGGGACAAUAAGCUAGGCGAGCUUGACGCCACCAUCUUCAAUAAUGUUGAAAUACUGCACUGUGAAAGAAACCAGCUGGUAACCCUCAAAAUCAGUGGAUUCUUGCUGAAAGCUCUCUACGCCACUUCAAAUGAACUUGUUCACCUUGAUGUGUAUCCUGUUCCAAACUAUCUCACUUAUAUGGACGUUUCUAGAAACCACCUUGAGAGCCUUCCUGAGUGGGUUUGCGAUAGCAGAAAGUUAGAAGUCCUUGAUAUCGGCCACAAUCAGAUUCAUGAACUGCCUGCCCGGUUAUUUUGCAAUAUCAGCUUGCGGAAGUUGCUUGCAGGACAUAAUCAAUUAGCAAGACUGCCAGAAAGGAUUGAACGAACCCAUGUGGAGGUCCUUGAUGUACAACACAACCUGCUAACAGAGCUGCCGUCCAAUCUACUGCUAAAAGCUGACAGUUUGAGGUACCUGAACGCUUCUGCCAACAAACUGGAAAUGCUGCCUCCAGCCACCCUUUCAGAAGAGACCCGUAGCAUUUUGCAGGAACUGUAUUUGACCAACAAUCACCUCACGGAUAAAUGUGUGCCCUUGUUAACAGGCCAUCCACACCUAAAGAUCCUGCAUAUGGCCUACAAUCGCCUACAGAGCUUUCCUGCAAGUAAAAUGGCCAAACUUGAAGAGCUGGAAGAAAUUGAUGUCAGUGGAAAUAAACUGAAAUCCAUUCCUACAACCAUUAUGAACUGCCGGCGCAUGCAUACUGUGAUUGCGCACUCCAAUUGCAUCGAAGUCUUUCCAGAAGUCAUGCAACUUGCUGAAAUCAAGUGCGUGGACCUGAGCUGUAAUGAGCUGACUGAAGUCACGUUACCUGAAAACUUGCCUCCGAAGCUGCAGGAACUAGACCUGACUGGAAACCCCAGACUUGUAUUGGAUCACAAGACCCUGGAGCUAUUGAACAACAUCCGUUGUUUCAAGAUUGACCAGCCGUCGGCCGGGGAUGCAUCUGGAGCUCCAGCGGUGUGGAGCCAUGGAUUUACUGAAGCUUCGGGGGUGAAGAACAAGCUCUGCGUGGCAGCUCUUUCAGCCAACAACUUCUGCGACAACAGGGAGGCUCUCUAUGGAGUCUUUGAUGGAGACCGUAAUGUGGAAGUCCCUUACCUUCUGCAGUGCACCAUGAGCGACAUCUUGGCAGAGGAACUGCAGAAAACAAAGAAUGAAGAGGAGUACAUGAGCAACACUUUCAUUGUCAUGCAGAGGAAACUUGGAACUGCUGGACAGAAGCUUGGUGGCUCUGCUGUCCUUUGCCAUAUAAAGCACGAUCCGAUAGACCCAGGUGGAUGCUUCACCUUAACCUCUGCGAACGUGGGGAAGUGCCAAUCCGUUCUCUGCCGGAAUGGGAAACCUCUGCCUUUGUCCAGGUCUUACACGAUGAACUGUGAAGAGGAGCUAAAGAGGAUCAAGCAGCAUAAGGCCAUAAUCACAGAGGAUGGCAAAGUGAAUGGUGUGACAGACUCAACAAGGAUCUUAGGAUACACCUUCCUUCAUCCAAGCGUGGUUCCUCGUCCUCAUGUGCAGUCUAUCACUUUGACUCCUCAAGACGAGUUCUUCAUCCUGGGGAGCAAAGGCCUGUGGGACAGCCUCUCCGUUGACGAAGCGGUGGAAGCUGUCCGGAACGUGCCCGAUGCGCUGGGAGCUGCCAAGAAACUCUGCACGUUGGCUCAGAGUUACGGCUGCAACGAUAGCCUCAGUGCUGUGGUGGUUCAGCUUAACGUGACUGAGGACAGUUUCUGCUGCUGUGAGCUCGGUGGUGUCCCGCCUCCCAGCCCAGGUAUCUUUCCCCAGUCAGUCAACGUUGUCAUUAAAGAUAAGCCUUCUGAUGCUUUGGGGAUGCCCUCCUCUAGCAGUGGAAUGGCUUCUGAGAUCAGCAGCGAGAUUUCAACCUCUGAAAUGAGCAGUGAGGUGGGGUCCACAGCCUCUGAUGAGCCCCCUCAGGUAACUUUGAAUGAAAACAGUCCAGCCUACCCCAACGAACAGCGCUGCAUGCUCCACCCAGUCUGCCUCUCAAACUCUUUCCAAAGGCAGCUGUCCAGCGCAACCUUUUCCAGCGCCUUUUCGGACAAUGGCCUUGACAGUGAUGACGAGGAGCCGAUCGAAGGCGUCUUUUCCAACGGCAGUCGAGUAGAAGUGGAAGUGGACAUCCACUGCAGCCGAACGAAGGAGAAGCAGCUGCUGUUGCAGGUGCCCAUGGAAGCCAACGAUGAAGGCAUCGUCAUCAGCGCAAACGAAGAGGAGUCGUGCCUCCUUAGGAAGGCCGACCUUUCUGCCACAGGUACUAUUGGGCGCCGCCGAGGCAAUGGAUCUGUGGCUCCUCAGGAGAGGAGCCACAAUCUGAUCGAAGUAGCAGCUGAUGCGCCCCUCAGAAAAACGGGGGGUUACUUUGCUGCCCCAGCUCAGCCAGAUCCAGAUGAUCAGUUUAUCAUCCCGCCUGAGCUUGAGGAGGAAGUCAAGGAAAUAAUGAAACAACACCAUGAGCAGCAGCAGCAGCAGCAGCAUCAACAUCAACAGCGGCAAUACCAGAUUGACCAGCUGCCAGAUUAUUACGAUACGCCGCUAUGACCCAUCUUGUUGCAAUGAGUGAACAUGACAUUGAGAGCUGGAACCCCCUAGGUUUGUAUUACACAAGCAGGGAGGAAGGGAUGCCGGUUCCACUCCCUCUUCCUGGCCUUGCCCCCCUACUGAGAACUGCAGCUGCUUCUUGUUUCGUUAGCUGUAAUAAUCACCGAUUCUCUUCUAGCGAUACUUCACCAGUUAGAAUUAUAAACUAGUUUAAUAACUCUUCCCUUCCCCACCCUUAACAUAUCAAAUGUAAAAAGGAAAAAAAAAAGUGGAGAAAAAAAUUAAAAGAACAAAAGGUUUAAUAUAUUGCAGAGAAAACUGAUGAUGCGGAUGCGGAUGUAAUAUUUUUUAAAAUGGUUCUUUUUUUUCCUUUUUUUGGUCUGUUUGGAAAACGGGGGCAGUAUUGCCAGUGCUAAAUGAUUAAGUAAUAUUGUAAUACUGUAUUUCUUUGAGAGAAAAAAAAGGCUUUUUUUGGUCUUGAAAAUGGAUAGACAUUUGUAGAAUUACGGAGACUAACUCCUAGGAGUUGCUUUUACUCUUUCAAGUGGCUUUGAGUCACUGAGAUUCACUAAUUUUCUCUGAGAGAACAGCUGAUUGGGAAAUUCCUGUAAAUAACUCAGUGUUGUAUAGUGAUGCUUAAAAUGUUUUGUAGUCUCAGCAGGAGGACGCAACUUGAUAAACUAAUGUUUUAUCCCCUCCCCUCUCCACCUCCUCAAGGGUGCUUUUGCACAUAUGUCAAAGCUCCCUCUGACAACCCGUGAUGCCACCAAACCUACAGGGCAGGGCAGCCAUAUAAACAUGAUGUUUUCCCAGCAGAUCGGCUGACCAAGGUGUACGGGGCCCCUGGUUGACCCAUUGUGUCUAUGCCGCCAUAUCCAGUUGCCACCUGGGUUGGCUAGGUCCAAGUCACCAAGGUUAGGUUUUGUUCACGUGUGCAAUGGCUCCCAAGUGAAUGACGCUUUGGGCCACAAUCCACAUCACGUUAGCAGGGGGCAGCUGUACAAGCUGCGUUAGGGAUGAGGUGGGUUAUUGAGCCCCAGACCACCUGAGUUGUUUCGUCUUUCUUCACUGUUGACUUUUACAGGCACAUUUUUACGUGUUCCUCCCUGCUGCCACAACCAGCAUGAUUGUAUAGAGUUCAUUUACUGUAGAUCAUUUACAUACCAAGAGUUAUAUUGAAGAAGAAUGCACAAAUGAACAUGUCAUAAUUUUUGUU